AUGUCAAGUCUUUCCUCCGGUAUUGUGCGCGAGUCCGACUCGAACAAGGAUGAAGCUCCAGCUGAGAAGCUCGCUCGCGGCGAUGUUGACCACGAUGUCGAGCAGCAACAGAACCCCAAAGCCGGCAACGCUCAAGUCUCUUCAAUUUUCAAGUCCCUUGGUAUCCUCGAUCGUUUUUUGGCCGUUUGGAUUUUUCUCGCCAUGUUGAUAGGCAUCCUCCUCGGAAACUUUGUUCCCAACGCCGGGCCAGCGCUCCAACAGGGUAAAUUUGUCGCCGUCGGCCUGCUGGUCAUGAUGUAUCCCAUCUUGUGCAAGGUUCAGUACGAGAAGUUGCACGACGUUUUCCGAACCCGGGAGAUCUGGAUACAGCUCGGCUUCAGUGUAAUCGUCAACUGGAUUAUUGCACCCCUGUUCAUGCUUGCUUUGUCAUGGGCAUUUCUACCAGACAAAGAGGGUCUGAGGAAUGGCUUGAUUCUUGUUGGGAUCGCGAGAUGCAUCGCCAUGGUGUUGAUCUGGACAAGUCUGGCCAAGGGAGACGGUGACUAUUGCGCAAUACUCGUAGCGGUCAACUCCUUUCUGCAGAUUGUCCUCUUCGCCCCCGUUGCGCUGCUCUUUAUUCGGGUCAUCGGCCAGGACAACAGCAUCUCCUCGAUCUCGUACUCGACAGUUGCAUCCGCAGUGGGUGUUUUCCUCGGCAUCCCCCUUGGUGCAGCCGUCCUUACCCGCCUGUCGUUGAUCUACACCAUUGGCACCAAAACAUACAGCGCCAAAGUGAUACCAUUCUUGGCGCCGUGGUCACUGGUCGGCCUUCUGUACACCAUCAUCGUUCUCUUCGCUUCCCAGGGGUCACAGGUCGUCCACCAAAUCGUCUCUGUGGUGCGGGUGGCGGCACCGCUGGUGGUCUACUUCUCCGUCAUCUUCUCGGCGACGCUGCUCGUGGCCCGCAAGCUGGGUUUCCGCUACGGACUCGCAUGCACACAGGCUUUCACGGCGGCCAGCAACAACUUCGAGCUGGCUAUCGCAAUUGCCGUUGCAGCAUACGGGCCUGACUCGGACGAGGCGCUUGCCACGACCGUCGGGCCGCUCAUCGAGGUUCCGGUGCUCCUUGGACUGGUUUACUUUAUCAAGUGGUUUGCUCGGCGGUAUGGUUGGGAAGACUAA